AUAUUGGAGUAAAUACAUGUGAAGCCUUAACAAUUUCAAGCCUUUCUAUCACAGAUUUUAUACAUUGACAAGCGAGUAAACAAAAGACCACAUGUGCUUGUUUUGGCCCUCCUACAUACAUGUCAUAUGACUGCCUCGCGACUUCCUUAUCUGACAGGGAAAACCAAAUGACAGUCAAAGAAGGAUUUUGGAAGAAGCACACGUUUAAUGUCAGUGCUAAUUCUCUUAUGGCAAUACUACCAGUGAAAUGCUCAUUACAAUGGCUGUUAUUAUGGCUUGGACUCUGGGUUAUGGAGAUCAAAACUGUUGGAUCUCUGGAUGAGGACCACCUGUCACCGUAUGAUCACGGGCACGGCCCUUCCCACUCCCACCGCCACGUGCGGGACUGCCAGCUGAAAGUCCACGGCAACGUCACCCACGAGACCUGGCCGGCCAGCGGCCAUGCCGGCACGCCGUUAGCCCAGUCCAAAAUCUUUGUCACACGUGUCAGUGAUGCUGUGCCCCGAUGGGUGAACGGUCACGUGACGGUGGUCCACAACCCCCUCAGGAUGGUGUCGGUGCUGGAGCCGGGGGGUCCUGGUGGCUGCCAGAGGAUGCUGAGGGUCCCGGUGGAGCAGAGUGCCUCGGGGGCGAGGUGUCUCUACGCCCAGAACGGAGGCUUCUUCAACACCCACAGCGGGGACUGUUUGGGGAACGUGGUGAGCAAUGGAGUGCUGGUGAAGGACAGUGGAGGGUUGCAGAACGCCCAGUUUGGGAUCAGGAGGGACGGAACCCUGGUGUUUGGCUAUCUCUCCGGGGAGGACGUGUUGGAUAAGGCCAACCCGUUUGUCCAGCUUAUCAGCGGGGUGGUAUGGCUACUACGCGAUGGACAGAUUUACAUCAACCAGAGCAUUGAGGCAGAGUGUGACAAGACUCAGGAGACAGGGUCAUUCCGCCAUUUUGUGGACGUGGUGUCAGCCAGGACAGCCGUGGGCCACGACGCUGAGGGAAACCUCAUCCUGUUUCACAUCGAUGGCAAGACAGACAAUAGAGGCAUGACUCUGUGGGAGGUGGCAGACUUCCUGAAGAGUGAAGGGGUCAUCAACGCCAUCAAUUUGGAUGGGGGCGGAUCCUCCACGUACGUGGUCAAUGGAUCAUUGGCCAGCUACCCGUCCGACCCUUGUACUCAGUCUGACCAUAAGUGGCUCUGCCCCCGGCCUGUCUCCACCAUCCUGUGUGUCCACCAGCCCCUGUGCCAACCAGAGGACUGCAGCGGGCAUGGGGCCUGUGUAGAUGGAAACUGCCAGUGCCAUCAGGGCUGGAAGGGGGCUGGCUGUGAUGCCCUAGUGUGCCAAGCCCCCACCUGCGGUGCCCACGGAGUCUGUACGCAGGACGGGUGUACGUGUGACGCUGGAUGGACUGGGGAGACCUGCAGCCAAGCUUGUGCGCCUGGUUUCUAUGGCGACGACUGCAAUCAAACAUGCACCUGCACCAACGGGGGCUCGUGUGACCCCGUCCAUGGCAUCUGCGCCUGUCCUGCCGGUUUCCAAGGCAAAUCCUGUGAACAAGAUUGCCCGCUGGGUUUCUUUGGCCUGAACUGCAGGCAGGAGUGCCAGUGCCAGGACAUGUGCCCAUGUGACCCUGCCACAGGAAGCUGCGACGCCCUGUUCCAGGGAGACAGGAACCGCACCAUUCACCAAGCGGGCCAUUGUCUGGCCAAUCAGAUGAUUGCAAGAUUGCGGGAGGAGGAGGAGGAACACAAGCCUCAUCUCACAGAGCUGACCUGGUUUAUAAUCACCACUCUGUUGACCUCUCUGCUGUUGGCCAGUGGGCUAGGCCACCUGGUCCGGGCGUGCCGGGGUCCCGCAGAGGGUCGUCAACCCAGCCGCAAGGACUACUCCUACACGCCCCUGACGGACAUCAACGGCGGCUCCGGCGGCACAAGGGUCAGAGGGGAGGGGUCGAGAGCCAGCGGGAGGGGUUUAGACGGGGAGGAUUCGGACUCUCAGGAUGAAGUGUGGUCUCAGAGGGCAGAGAGACAUUCAUAGAGGGCUGGGAAGGAGAGAUGCCGGAGGGCACGGUGCACUUGGCGCCAAAAUAUCAGACAGUGGACAACGCAGGAGAGGGACAUACGCAGGGAAGCCAUAGAGAUGAGGGUGGCAGAAGGAUACAGAUGGAGAAACAAUGAGGAGAAACCAACGAGGAGACCGAUUGAGAGUGGUUUCCUUUGAGCUUUUGUGUCGUCGGCGUGUUGUAGAUAACAGCUAACCUUGAUGUUUCAGAGAGACUAAGGUACCGUAGCAGUUUGUCCACACUGCCCAUGAGAAUCCCCUUCUCUCAUUUACAACCAAGGUCUUUGUUUCAUUCGAUGAAAGGUCUCUCAGAGUGUGCGUAGACACACAUUCAGCCCACUCUCCCGUUGGCAUACUGGCAAGAUCAGGUAUUCUGUCUGUUGUCAUGUGAACGGACAAGGUAUAAACUUUGAACCCUUUCCCAGGAAAGUUCUGGAGCUUGAACCUGCGGAACACCCUACAUGCUGAUGGACUUCACUCUAUGAAACGUUUCAGGGUGACUGGCAGGGUUCAUCAGGAAUGUUUUUAUGAUUCAUAAUGUUUUGGGAAAAUCAGUCACAAUGUUUUGGGAAAAUCAGUCACAAUGUUUUGGACUAGUGUUUCAGAAACACAAAUGGAGGCCCCUAUUUUUGUAACUUUCUACAGAAAAUGCUGACAUUUGGUUUGAAUGUUGUCUGACUACUAGUCUGUUUUAGAUUUUGCCAGCUUGUUUUUGUCAUUAACAGUGAUUUUUUUUUUUCUUUUUUACAGAAUAAACAGACAAAUUAGUUCUAAAGGACCUUAGGUUUUUUGUCGACAACCACUUUUUUUUCUCCUUCAAAGCAUACUCAAUCCUAUGCUGUUUUACAGAAAGUUAUUUCACUAAUUUUCUCCUUCAGUCUCCUUCAAACCACAGAGAAAAAGGAAACGCAAUGCUUUUUCAACUCUACGCAGCUCAUUUUCGACGUUUUACGAUCAUGUGCUAGCUUCCUGAUGACUGAAGUAUUUGAUCUAGUUAUGCUGGUGUGUUUACAUACUUCCCAGAACACAAGUCUUCAGUUCAUCCGAGUUCCUCUCAAACUUGGUUAAACAGCGAGAGAAUGAGUGAAACCGUGACGUUUCCACUUGCACAUGAACUUUGUUACUUGUUUAAUCGUGAAUGGUCAUUAGGAAUUAUUUGUCUUUCUUUGUUUUUUCCAGACAUUAUGCUUGUUAUGGAUUAACAGUUUGGUGUAAUUUCUCAAAAGAUAGUUCCAAAAUACAAGCUGCAUUAGCUAAGAAAAUCAUCAAAUUAUUUCUCUGCUGUGUUUAUAUUUGUAUUGUUCAAGCAAAUAUAUAUAUAUCAUAAUAUCUCCCCCAACAGAACAUGACCCUGUUCUAUACCAGCUUGUCAUCUGUGAGGUUUACAACAAGGGUUAUACUUUGUCUCUUGUAAAAUCCUAGCCAGAAAUCUGGGUCAGUGUAGGUUGGUUUCACCCCCUGGGUCAAAGUGCCUUGCGAUGAAUUCCCAUUUACCAGAAGCUCAUUGAAGCAUGCUAUCUAAUCUUUGACCCUGACAUUGGCCCUAGACCAUAUUCAUAUACAUUGGCCCUGGACAAUCUUAUUUUGAUGGUACAUUUUGUACAUGUAUGUGAGUGUACAGUGAGUGACAGGAAGUCUGGGGCACGUCUGAAUGUUUUCUCCUUGUUUUGUUCAAUCUGUAUUUAUUUUGAGAAGGCACAUUAAGAGCUUGAUGUGCUUCCAGAGGCCACAAUGGCAUCAGAGAGCAGCGACCUUACCUGGAAGCAGGACAGCUAGGAAAAGAGUAUUUUUACAUAAACAGGAAGUAUGCCUAGUACUAGGAUCCAAAUCAUCAGAUUUGACAAACGAUAUCUGUAAUUGAGCAUAUCGAGGUGUUUAAGCUUUACUGAGGACUGAACGUGAUGAGAAUGGCUCCUGCAAUUGCAUGUAUGUUCGCUAACGUGUUGAGAUAAUCGACAAUGAAUGUAAUACAAUAAUAUAUGUCAUAUAUUACAUAUCUGUUAUAUAUGUUGGAGCGUGGAUUGCAAACUCAAAACUAUUCUGAGCAUAUUUGUCUAUAUGUUGUACUUCCUCUGCUACAGUUUUGUGCUAUAGAGAUUUGUUAGGCUAUAGCAAUGCUGUUAAUGGCAUAGUUUGCAUAACUUGUCUUUAGGGUGCUUUGCCAGCUAUGUACAACCUUGCCCCAAUGUCACUGGAAUGUUAAGUACUGUACUGAGCACAACAGCAUCCAGUUGGAGCCACGGUGCAGGACAUCUAGGUUUGCCUGUGUUCCCCACAUUUCUGUACCCCACACGUGUUCAUCCAUUUUUUUACAAAUAAAGCUAUUUUUUGUAAUGUCUUGUGA